CUAUCUUCACUGCUCUGGGGGAGUGCGGAAGACACAGGACGCAACAGGGCUGAGCGGAGAGAGAGAGAGAGAGAGUGUGUGAGAGAGAGAGAGAGGCGGAGUAGGAAAGUUGCAAUUUAAAAAAAGACAAUUGGAUUGACCGUUUCUCACAGUUGAAUUGCAACCAUGGGGCUGGGAAGAGGGAAAGAUGAGUACAAGCUGGCGGCGACCUCGGAGGGAGGAGGAGGUGGCGGCAAAAAAGCCAGAAAAGCCAAAGAAAAGAAGGAUAUGGACGACCUGAAGAAAGAAGUUGACCUGGAUGAUCACAAGUUGACCUUGGAUGAACUUCACCGAAAAUAUGGAACUGAUCUAAGCAGGGGUCUUUCCUCCUCCAGAGCAAAAGAGAUCCUCGCCCGAGACGGCCCAAACGCCCUCACGCCCCCGCCCACGACGCCGGAAUGGGUGAAGUUCUGCAGACAGCUGUUUGGCGGUUUCUCCAUGCUGCUGUGGAUCGGCGCCAUCCUCUGCUUCCUUGCUUACGGUAUCCAGGCUGCCUCAGAAGACGAACCUGCAAACGACAAUUUGUACCUGGGUGUGGUGCUUUCCGCUGUUGUCAUCAUCACUGGUUGCUUCUCCUACUACCAAGAGGCCAAGAGCUCCAAGAUCAUGGACUCAUUCAAGAACCUGGUCCCACAGCAAGCCCUGGUCCUCCGUGACGGUGAGAAGAAGAGCAUCAACGCCGAGGAGGUGGUGGUAGGCGACCUGGUGGAGGUGAAAGGUGGAGACAGGAUCCCUGCUGAUCUGCGAGUCAUCUCCGCCCACGGCUGCAAGGUGGACAACUCCUCACUGACUGGCGAAUCGGAGCCCCAGACUCGUACUCCUGACUUCUCCAACGACAACCCGCUCGAGACCAGGAACAUCGCUUUCUUCUCAACCAACUGUGUUGAAGGUACUGCCAGAGGAGUCGUCAUCAACACUGGAGACCGCACCGUCAUGGGUCGUAUCGCCUGCCUGGCUUCUAGUCUGGAUGGCGGCAAAACUCCCAUCGCCAAGGAGAUCGAACAUUUUAUCCACAUCAUCACCGGCGUGGCCGUCUUCCUAGGUGUUUCUUUCUUCGUCCUCUCACUCAUCCUUGGGUAUGGCUGGCUGGAGGCCGUCAUCUUCCUCAUCGGUAUCAUUGUCGCCAACGUGCCCGAAGGUCUCCUGGCGACUGUCACCGUGUGUCUGACCCUGACCGCGAAGCGCAUGGCCAAGAAGAACUGCCUGGUGAAGAACUUGGAAGCCGUGGAGACCCUGGGCUCCACCUCCACCAUCUGCUCCGACAAGACAGGCACCCUGACCCAGAACAGGAUGACCGUCGCCCACAUGUGGUUCGACAACCAGAUCCACGAGGCCGACACCACCGAGAACCAGAGCGGCGCCUCCUUCGACAGGAGCUCAUCCACCUGGGCCGCCCUCGCCAGGAUCGCCGGACUUUGCAACCGCGCCGUCUUCCUGGCUGACCAGAGCAACGUUCCCAUUCUGAAGAGAGAUGUUGCCGGCGACGCCUCAGAAGCUGCCUUGCUGAAGUGCAUUGAGCUGUGCUGCGGAUCCGUCGGUGGCAUGCGAGACAAAUACUAUAAGGUCACAGAGAUCCCCUUCAACUCCACCAACAAAUACCAGCUCUCCAUCCACAAGAACGCCACUCCCGGGGAGUCAAAGCACCUACUGGUGAUGAAGGGAGCCCCAGAGAGGAUCCUGGACCGCUGCUCCACCAUCUUGUUGCAGGGCAAAGAGCAGCCGCUGGAUGAUGAGAUGAAAGACGCUUUCCAGAACGCCUACGUGGAGCUGGGGGGACUUGGAGAGAGAGUGCUGGGCUUCUGCCACUUCCACCUGCCCGAUGACCAGUUCCCAGAGGGCUUCGCUUUCGACACAGAGGAGGUGAACUUCCCCACGGAGAAACUGUGCUUCAUCGGCCUCAUGUCCAUGAUCGACCCUCCGCGUGCCGCUGUGCCCGAUGCUGUCGGCAAAUGCAGGAGUGCCGGAAUCAAGGUUAUCAUGGUCACAGGUGACCAUCCAAUCACAGCCAAGGCCAUCGCUAAGGGUGUGGGCAUCAUUUCUGAAGGCAACGAGACUGUUGAAGACAUCGCUGCCCGUCUGAACGUCCCAAUUUCAGAGGUCAACCCCAGGGAUGCCAAGGCCUGCGUGGUACACGGCGGCGAGCUGAAGGACAUGACCGCAGAGAGCCUCGACGACGUGCUGAAAUACCACACGGAAAUCGUCUUUGCCCGAACAUCGCCUCAGCAGAAGCUGAUCAUUGUGGAGGGUUGCCAGAGACAGGGUGCCAUCGUGGCCGUGACAGGUGAUGGUGUGAAUGACUCUCCUGCUCUGAAGAAGGCUGACAUUGGUGUUGCCAUGGGGAUCGCCGGGUCUGAUGUGUCUAAGCAGGCCGCUGACAUGAUCCUGCUGGACGACAACUUUGCCUCCAUUGUUACCGGUGUGGAAGAAGGCCGUCUGAUCUUUGACAACCUGAAGAAGUCCAUCGCUUACACUCUGACCAGCAACAUCCCUGAGAUCUCACCCUUCCUCCUCUUCAUCAUCGCCAACAUCCCUCUGCCCCUGGGAACCGUCACCAUCCUCUGUAUCGACCUGGGAACUGACAUGGUCCCGGCCAUCUCCCUGGCUUACGAAGAAGCCGAGAGCGACAUCAUGAAGAGGCAGCCCAGAAACCCCAAAACAGACAAACUGGUGAACGAGAGGCUCAUCAGCAUCGCCUACGGACAGAUCGGUAUGAUGCAGGCCACAGCUGGGUUCUUCACAUAUUUCGUCAUCCUGGCUGAAAAUGGCUUCCUCCCCAUGGACCUGUUGGGGAUCAGAGUGCACUGGGACGACAAGAUGGUAAACGACCUGGAAGACAGCUACGGGCAGCAGUGGACAUAUGAGCGCAGAAAGAUUGUAGAGUUCACCUGCCACACGGCGUUCUUCGCCAGCAUUGUGGUCGUCCAGUGGGCUGAUCUGAUCAUCUGCAAGACCAGGAGGAACUCAAUCAUUCAGCAAGGAAUGAAGAACCGCAUCCUCAUCUUCGGGCUGUUUGAGGAGACAGCUCUGGCAGCUUUCCUGUCAUACUGCCCCGGCAUGGAUGUUGCCCUCAGAAUGUACCCCCUCAAGCCAUGUUGGUGGUUCUGUGCCUUCCCCUACUCCCUCCUAAUCUUCCUGUACGAUGAAGGCAGAAGAUAUAUACUCAGACGCAACCCAGGCGGUUGGGUUGAACAGGAGACAUACUACUGAGUCAACACGACACAUUCACGGAGGGAGCGGUCAGUGUUUCCACGUUAUUUACUGCCGUGUUACACACGUGUCUGACACAGUCGGACCCCAAGAAAACACAAAACACUGAUAAUUUAAUAUGUUAAUGUAUUUCAUUCGCAAUAAAAACACUUCUGUACCAUUGUA